AUGUCCAGAAAUACAAUUGUCCCUACGGGCGCAGCACCUAUGUCAGCCGCAUCUGUUACGUCGCCUACAUCGUGGUCAAUGCCUGCAGCUGCGGUGCCGUCCGCACUGUCUCCGGAUAGUCGCAGCGGAGGUGGCAUCGAGCUUCAUGUUACAGGCCGAAGCGAAGGGCAAGCUAGGCACUUGCAAACACGGAUCUGGGAACAUCAUGGUCCGGGUUCGUGGUGCUCUGUAUGCUCGGAACCUGGUGUCAACUGGGUCACGGAAAAGACCGGAGGCAAGGAUUUCUCCAGUAGCGCGCAGAAGCUCACAACCGCAUGGAACAGGCCAUGGAGAGCUGGGGCUUUGGCUAUGAGAGCCUUCAACCCGGAGCCGGAUGAGGAGACUGCCUGGAGAUACUCUCAGGCAUACUUUGACGACUGUUUCGAGUCAGCAAUGGGAGUGGUCUACCGACCUGAAUUCGAGGUUCGCCUGCGAGCACACUUUUGUCAAGGCGGUGCUUCGUGCACGGAUGAUGUCGCCUGGUAUGCAUUACGAAACACGGUAUAUGCCUCAGGGUGUCGGCAGUUGCUACUGAAAAAUGGCGCAGUCAACUAUGCUGAGGCACAAAAGAAAGCGUCCCGGCUGUUUGAAAACGCUCUCUUGGUGCACACCGACCUCAUCUACGGACCGUCAGGUCUUGAGGCUGCAAGGGCGAUUGUGGCAAUGACAUUCUAUGCCGAGGCGGCGGCGGAUCAAGGUUUUGAGUAUAUGAUCAGCGCAAGUGCCGUCCGCCUCGUUCAGGCGAAGGGCCUGCACCGGCAGCCGUCGAAGACUGCCAAUCUAUCAGAGAGCGAGAUCGCGCACCGUAGUUGGCUCUUUUGGGCCAUCUACUGUCACGAGAAUCAGAUAGCCUUCCGCUCGGGGCGUCCCUCGGCCAUUGACGAUGACGGCAUAAGCUGCGAGGUUCCGGUAAUUGCACCUGCCGGCAGUACGAUCGACGUCGAGUUCUUCACGCACGUCAUCAAAUUCGGCCGAUUGACCUCAAAGAUGGCGAAGCAUUUAGGAUCCCCUGCUGCUUUCCGUCAGGGUCAGGUUGAGUUGAUCAAGGCAGCUAAGGAUCUGAGUGUGGAACUCGAAGCGUGGCAAUGUACUACAAAGCAGAUACAAACACGAUUGCAAACGCGAAUGCAAAUUGGUACGUCGCCAACAGGGAAGCAUUUACGCCCAACCGUCCGGCCUUUGCACCUGGUUUAUCUCGAUUACGCCUACUAUUCAGCAGUGCAAUCGAUCCAUGCGAUAUUUGCGUUUCCCUGGAUCAGUGCUAUCAUGGGCAUCGAGAAAGAUCCGUCUUUCCGAGAAGAGGCCAUCUUGAAAGCCGACAAAGUGGCUGAUGCAGCAAGGAAGAUCAUCCUUCUGGCUAAAUCUACUGAGCUUAGUGCAUCGCUCCCGCAGUGGGCAUCUUUCUACUAUCCUAUUUCAGGUUUGAUCAACCUAUUCGUUUACAUUUUGAACGACCCGAGUCGCCCAUCCGUUCCGGCAGACGUGGCAUUACUGGAUGUGGCAGCUGGACACUUCAGUCACCUCGAAUUUUUAACAUCAUCCGAACCGGGUUUCCCCUUCCCCCGCGAAAUCGCACGCCUUGCUCGCACAACGCUUGAGAGGGCCAAUUGGAAAUCCAGUAUGAACACGACGUUGCCCGCACUCGAAGAUGAGGCGGGUCAAGACAUGGGUCGACAUGUAUUUGACCAGGUAUGCAUGCUUGCAGCCCUUUCAGCCACGUAA